UUUAUUGUCCAGGCUUUCACGUACGAUAUUUUUUCAUUAAAGUGUCUGGACGAUCACAUCUACCAAUUAUCCAUUAUGGCUGCUAGAAAUCCGGGUGUCGAGUAUGAUGAAUCCUGGAUUCAGAAUAUAUAUAUAAAUUUACCAGCAGUGAAACGUAGGGCAGAAACUUUAGGUACAAGAAGAACAGUUAAAAAGCAAUGGCAGGCUGCCUGGUUAUUAAGAGCUGUUACAUGUAUAGAUCUUACAACAUUAGCUGGAGAUGAUACACCAUGUAAUGUGGCAAGAUUGUGCUACAAAGCUAAACAUCCUGUUAGACAAGACUUAGUUAAAGCUUUAGAUAUUAUGGAUAAAGAUAUAACAACAGGAGCUGUAUGUGUUUAUCCAAGUCGUGUCGCAGAUUGUGCUAAAGCAUUAAAAGCCUGUAAUGGAACAAAUAUUCCUAUAGCAUCUGUUGCCACUGGAUUUCCAACAGGACAAACACCAUUAAAAACACGUCUAGAGGAGAUAAAGCAAGCUGUCAGUAGUGGAGCCAGAGAGAUAGAUAUAGUCAUAAAUAGAACAUAUGCUUUAACAGGAGACUGGAAAGGUGUGUAUAAUGAAGUUCGUUUAAUGCGAGAAGCUUGUGGUGAAGCACAUUUAAAAACAAUAUUAGCUACGGGUGAACUGGGUUCUAUGGUAAAUGUCUACAAAGCCAGUAUGGUGUGCAUGAUGGCAGGCGCUGAUUUUAUUAAGACAUCAACAGGUAAAGAAGGUGUAAAUGCCAUUUUACCAGUUGGUCUUGUCAUGGUUAGAGCUAUCAGAGAAUAUCAUCAUAGAACUACACAUAAGGUUGGCUUUAAACCUGCUGGAGGUAUUAGAUCUGCUAAAGAUGCUUGUACAUGGUUGUCAAUGAUGAAGGAAGAAUUGGGAGAUGAAUGGACAAAACCAAACUUAUUUAGAAUUGGUGCUAGUAGUCUUCUUGGUGAUAUAGAGAGACAAAUAUUUCAUUAUGUUACUGGUAGAUAUGCUGCAGCACAUGAAUUACCCAUGGCGUAAUUACCUACUUGUCUUGUAUAAAAAUCUUGAUUUAAUUACCGGUUAAUUGGUUGAAAGUGCUGCUUUUCAUACAUAUAUGUACUUUAUUUUAUGGUUAUUCUCAGGUAUAUAGAAGUGAUUAAUAAUUGUAAUAAUGGGAAACAGAAUUCAUAUAUACUUGGUUUGAUGUCAGAUUUUGGUAUUACACAUCCAUGAAUUAAGAAUUGUUUAUUAUGUAUUUGCAAAUGAAUAGGUGUUGUUGCCUUACAAGAAUUGAAUAAAUAAAAUG